AUGGAGGCAGGGAAGGCCGCUGAUGCUUUCGGUCUCUUGCCCGGUCACGAAAUACAAGUUGCUGACGGCGAGUCCGCCUACACUCAAGCUAAGCUUGGUGGCCCCGCCACAUGGGUGCGACUGCCCAAAGAUCGAUGGCUGCCCGAAUGGCAUGGAAAGUAUCAUGACCCGGUUGUGCGUCUUGUGUUGGCCCUUUAUGGGCACCCGGAUGCCGGUGGGUUCUGGGAACAGCAUUGCGAAAAGGCUCUCCGCUCUGUUGGCUUCGAGCAAUGCCCUGACUGGAAGAGCGUGUUUCGCCAUCCCAAGCUUAACCUUAUGCUCGUGGUCUACGUCGAUGAUUUUAAGCUCAGUGGACCAAAGGCCAAUCUGGCCAAAGGGUGGGAGCUCAUGGCAUCAAAGAUUAAACUGGAGCCACCCUCGAGCAUCAAACGUUAUUUGGGUUGUGAGCAUGAACCCAAGAAGGCAUUUCCCGAGCUCACUUUUGGCGAUCGUGGCACUACUGUCGCUCAGGGCUCUGUCGGUCCUCGCGAAAUCCGAAUGAUCAAGUACGAUAUGCGAUCGUUCAUGGAGCAAUGUGUCUCUCGCUAUGUUGAGCUCUGUGGUCCGAAAUACAAAGCCACCUUGCGGUCGGCUGACACGCCGUUUCUCGAUGAGUCACGACCGGAGUUCGAUACUAAUCCGGAUCGUCCCGAGGUGAACCGCUUGUUGGGCCAUCCCACCGAUACGCCUGUGCCUCCUGGUAAGGGCGUUCUCGGUGACUGCGCUGCCGCUGUCCUGAUGAAAAUCUUGUAUGGUGCUCGUAUGGGACGGUACGAUCUCAUCCGUCCUGUGCAGGCACUUGCUAGUCUCAUCACCAAGUGGGAUGGUUUGUGUGACAAGAAGCUUCAUCGUUUGGUGUGUUAUAUCAAUUCCACCCUCGAUCUCAAUUUAUAUGGUUGGAUUGGUGAUGCGCCCGAGAUGUUGGAGCUUGUGCUCUAUUGCGAUGCUGAUCUUGCGGGCGACCGCACUGAUUCCAAGAGCACGUCUGGUGUAUUCAUGUGUCUUCUUGGCCCGCGUAGCUUUAUGCCUCUUAAUGCGCUGUCCAAGAAGCAGACUUCUGUGUCGAAGUCUACUCCCGAAGCCGAAAUUGUCUCCCUUGAUCACGCCGUCUAUAAACUGGGAUUGCCCGCUCUCUCCAUGUGGGAGUAUAUGUUGGGCCGUCGCUUCCGUUUGCGUGUCAUGGAAGACAAUGAAGCUGCCAUCCGAGUCAUUAUCACUGGUCACAAUCCUAAUAUGCGUCAUAUGUCUCGUACCCAGCGUAUCGAUAUUUCUGCGUUGAAUGAACGCUACCACGCUGGUGACUUUCUGUUUGUGACGUGUCCCUCUCAGUUUGAGGCUGGUGAUAUCCUGACCAAGGCCUGCACUGAUGCUAAAGUGUGGGGAAAGAACAAGCAGCCACCGAAGAAGGCUGCCGCCAAGACACCGGCUGCCCGAUCACCUCAGCCGAAAUCUCCCUCGCCUUGCGGGGAAGGCCUUCCGAGCGGCCCGAUUGCGCCAACUACGGAAAGGCCUCCUGCUCCGCCGAUCCCUACGGAGCAGGAUGACGCCAACAUGGGCGCCGAUGAAGCCCCAGUCCCGAUUCAGACCCCGAGAGAUGAGUCUACUGGGGGUGGGAAGCGCUCCGAGGACGUUCCGAUAGGAUUGAGGAUGAAAGCAAUGAUGCUGAAGAUCGGGGUCCAAGAGAUCCCACAGGCCUCAAUCUGGCAGCGCCUCGAACAGCUGGCAUGCAACUCUGGUUUCGACCAAAAGCUGCAUCAACUAGUUGACUCCUUCCUCCUCUCUAAUCAUCCGCUUGCGGAUAAGCAGAGGAAGCAGUACCCCCGAGAGUUUUUGGACUUCAUCGACCGAUACAGGGUGAUGUGCGCUCUUGCAUUUUCCCGAGUGGCAACGUUGUCCGGUGAUGCCGCAGGGGUCCGCGAGAAAAUGGACCUUACGAUGGCACUGGCUCGCCACUGUAUGCACUUCCAAGCGCAAACCUUUAAGGGGUCUCGAGAGACACUGAGCAACGAUACGCUCCGUCUCAUGGGAACCUGUUACAUUCCGUCGCCUCUUGCGAGUUGGAAUCGAAAUCUCAUGGGAUACAGCAGUUCGACUGCGGAACAGCGAUGGUUGAGGACCGAUACGAGUAUCAAACACAACGACCUCACCAAGCUGUCGCCCAUUGAGCUGUCAAGGGAUGUGGUCAACCCGGCUGAAGCCGCGAAGUUCUUCAAGGGAUUUCUGCAGCUCAGGCCGACACUUUCUUUCAUCCCUGGAGCGUUUCUGGCAAUCAAGGCCCUUAACCGAUUUCCCACGCUGAAUUCUCCGAAAGAGCAGGCGACUCAUCUCGAGAAUGAUCGCAAGGAACACGGUUACGAUCUUCCCGCCGUGGAUGCGAAUGGGAUUGGUGAAGUGGCCGCCUUUCGCAACGAAGACGACGAUGAAAAUAACCCGCUGAUGCGCGGGUGGGUCUCGUUCAUGAAGGCGAUGGUUGAGGCCUACCCCGGGCGAUGCGUCAGCAUCGAUGAUACGCUCAACUGGAGAGCCAGCACCCAAAUGACCUACGAGGACGGUGCGUCACAGAUCACUAUCCGCCCGACUGACGGAUGGGUGUAUGUCCCAGCGAUGAAUUCGGACAUAUACGAUCCUCAGGAAACGUUCCUUCACGGAACGAAUCUCCGAUACCUCUGGUCGAUCCUUGCACACGGAGGUCUAUUCGGGGAGGAUUACGUGCUGCUGGUAGCUAUGCAUCUGGCGCGUACCUCGGUGGAGGCUACUGGUGAUGAUCUGCGUCUCCCGAACUAUGGUGAACAGCCACAGUCGCACGACAAAGAAGCUGGGGGGCCCUUCCGCCUCUUGGAUGACCGCGAGCAAGGGGUUUCUACUUCCCCGAACUACGUCGUCCACGGACACCGAUUCCUCAGUGCCGAUGGAACGAAAGCCGUGGCCUGGCACCCGUGGAUGGAGGCGAGCCCGAUCGAUCCUCGCAUUCUGAAGCUGUUGGGAGACAGUGUCGCGCGCGACAAUGUUGAGUUUGCCGACCUCACGAUUCAGGGGGGCAACACUACCCAACAGGCUGCAUCUACCGAUGCGGAGCAGCCUGUAGCGACCGCGGCCGAUGAUCAGGCUGUGGCGGGUGGUGGUGAGGCAACGGAGCGAAUCACCGUCAACCCGAUAGUGCUUCGACGCAAUCACUGGAUGCCCGACUCGUACGGGACGAGCGAGCAAGCCACUGUCGGUGGAAGGUAUGCAUUGCUAUCCGAGCUCCAGUCCUCUAGCUACCGAAUCGAGCUUGCUCCUUUCUUUCAGCUGCGUGCACCCAUCCUGGGUGAGGAAGGCAGCCAAGGUUUGCCAAAGCCUACAAAGCUCGAGACAAUUGCCGGAGGACCCUCCAAAGAGUGGGAGGCAUGGUGCAGGCACUACCGAAAGGCAUACGGUGCUCUGCUCGGCAACUUCGGCUACACGCCCGCCAAGAAUAUCAAGGGUAUCGUAUACGAUGAAGAAAAUACGACGGAUAUCAUUGGCGCGCCUAUUUGGAGCCCAGCCGAUGCCCUUGUGGCUGUCUCGAUUCACGGGAUCAGAACGGUCACGACCAUGGCAUCCACGAUUGCAUUUGGAGGUGCUCCGCCAACGAUCAAGCCGGCAGUACCCAGCAAGCCGCAGAGAUUCGUUGUCAUGCACGAUGGCCUGCUAACCUUCAGAUCUGCCAAAUCCUGGCACGCUGGUGAGAUGAACACCCAUCUGAAGAACCGCUGGCAAGCUUUGGAGAUGGUAGACACUCUCGAACUGAUGCGGAGUGACCCAUCUGUCCCGCCAUCGAACGUUCACAUCCUCAUCCUCUGGAAAGGAGACGAGUUGUGGAAGAUGGACCAAGGCUGGAAUAAGCUGACUGGUGACAUCGAUAUGGCACGAUCACAAUACGCCAAAGUGACCGCCCGGGACGCCCUUGAGAAGUAUAACACGAUCUACGGAUCGGUGUCCCUUUGCGGACCAGUGUCACCGAGCAUGGGUUUCCUUCCGACUCUUCCUGGCCCUCUCUUCGAGAAAUACAGAGAGGAGAUGAGGUCGAUCUGGGACGAAAUCAGGAGGUCCAACUUCCUCUCCCUGUCGUUUGACGCUAUCCUGGAAGGACUACCAUACCUGAAAGGAUAUCACAUCAUGCAUGAGUCCAAAACGAUCGGGGUCCUGUGUACCCGUAUCUGCUCGAUGUUUACACUUGCGGCUCUCGCACGAUUUCCGUCUUACGCUACACGACGGGAGUAUCAGAUUGCCCACGAUAAGAUGUGGGCGCGCACUCCAGUUCCGGAAGAAAGGUCGACGGGCACGGUGAAGGCCAUUGUGCACUCCACAGUGCAGGACCUUAUCGAAGGGGCAGAUCGCGGCGCCGAUCAUCGAGCCGCAAAGACCGUUGACAUGAGUCAGCUUGGCUUCGAUGACGAAGAUGAUGAAGAACUGGCUGACGAUGCGGGUCCGACUGCUCCUGAGAAUCCGAUCAAACAGGAACAGACGACUUUGGCUGAUCUGCCGGGUAUUCGUCAUCCGGAUCCGAUUGAGCUGCCCGCUACUCCUGUGCCUGGCCAGGCAAUGCCGGUGUCGCCCGGCCUUGCUCCGGCUGCUACGAACGAUGAAGAGGAAUCCGAUGAGGAGUUCAAUGAGCUUCUCGAAGGAAUGACUGAAGCAUUCGAGAACUUGCCUACUCCCCGGGAUGCAGAGCGAACAGUCGCCGCCAAUCGGGACGCUGCACGACCACCUGCCGUGCCGACGAUCCCGCUAUCUGCGAUGAAGAAGCCAAAGCCGUUCAGUGGUGUGGAAGCCGCGGGACCUACUGCCGAGGGUCGCCAAGGCUAUGCGCACUUCGACUUCGAGAGCCAAGUCAGUGAAACUGAGGCUCGACGUGAACAGGCUGCUAAAAUGAAGGCGCAUAUCGCGGAAGUGGCGAAGGGCGCCACGGGAGUUGAGAAUGCCGAACACCUUCGAUCCAUUGCCGAUGGGCUAGCCAGGGUCAUGGACCCGAACAUCAACGAUGACAAUGUGUUCCAGGGUGCCAUGUAUCCUCCGGGUGACUAUGCGCUUGACGCUGUCACGAACCGGCUGGCCCAGGGCCGACGCGGAGUUGAGUCGAACAGCAAUCUCAUCAGGGAGAUGACUGUGUCCGCCAUUGAUGCACGGUGGACCCCGGAGUAUGGAAACAGGGGGGAGCUCGAAGCCAAGGUUGGUGCGAUUAUCUCCAACCUGGAUGCAGUUGUUGCAAGCAUGUCGACCCUCCCUGUGUUUCAUCCGCACAUUCCCUCAACAUAUGGUAUGGCCCGAUCGCUUCUCAACACAUACCAGUCAUUGCAGAUUGCCAUCCGACGCCGCGGCAUGGGUGCGAUGUCCUUUGAACAGAUGGUGUUCAAGGCGGAGGACCUUGAGGUUCCGACUCCCGAUGACUGGCCGGACCUCAUUGCGCCUACCCCUGGAAAAGUCAUUCAAUCCAUGCGGGUGGCCCUGGUGAAUAACACGGCGGCAAGGUUGACGAGAGAGGACCUCAAGCUGCCACCGGGCUUCGCCAUGCAACGACGAGUGACUGAGUUCCGUAAGCCGGAGGAAGAUCCAGUGCAGAGCCUGAUGGGGCUCACCGAUGACUUGAGCUACGGCACUACCGGUCGAUCUGGGGAUGACAGAUUGUCCCAGUUCCAGCGUAGUAUGGCAGUACAGCUGCGGAACACUGCUGGAUUCCUUGCGAGUGAGUUCCAGAAGCAUGCCCGAUCUAUUGCCGCUUCUUCCUCGCGUCGCAGUGAUGCUUCAGGUGCCCUGAGUAGUCAGGGUGAAGGCGCGGCGGACAACGAUCUUGCGUCCACUGAACAGGUUAGUGUUGCAUCUGAGCGCGCGACUGCGCCGCCUCCGCCAAACGUGGCUCCUCCUCCUCCUCCUCCGCCUACUGCGGCAGCACCUCCGAGGGCGUCCAAAGAGAGUGCAAAGGAGGAUGACGAUGAUACCAAAAUGGAUGAUGACACGGCCGAUCAGAAACCCGAGCAGAAACCCGAGGAGGACGCAGAUAUGGGUAGCGGGAAGGAGCUGCAAGACGAGGUCCCCGGCAAGGCCCCGCCGCCAGCUGCCCGAACCGCUGAGAACCCUCCGGAACACGGCCUGCGUUCCAGUCCUCCGAAUGACAUGGUUGCUCAGGGAGCCGCGCUCUCCGGUGCUCGAGGGCUGGAUAUCGACAUUGACCCGGCCAGCACCACAGCCGAUCAGGCGGCAAAUGAUCCGAGAAACUUCCGGAUCGAGGGCCCUGGUAUCAAGGCGACAACGAUUCAUCGCCCUGACCAGAUGCCCGAGAGGGGUGUCGACUCUAUUGCACCGAUUGUGCAGUAUGAAAUGACGUCCGUCCCGAUUGCACUGACUGACUUCGUCGUCCCGGGACUCGACAUGGGCAUCGAUGAUUCCGUCCAUGGUCGGCUGGCGCCGAUUUGCUAUGCUGUCCUCGAAUCAGACGGUGUACAGUACUUGAACGUCGCACUUCACAAGAAACCGGUAAAAGGAGAUCACGAUUCUUUCCUCCGACCGGAGUCUUACGAGGAUUGCGGCGAGAUCAAUGACGCUGUCCGAGUAUACAAUGCUAAGGAGGCAAAGUUCCGAUCCGUCGGCGGGACAUCCGUGUCAUGCAGCCGAUUGUUGAUCGACGACGCACAAAACAUCCCUGCUGCCAGGAUUCCGGACGCAGGAAUGAUCAACUUGGUGCGGAAACUGCUGUUCCGAGUGCUGACGCAAACGAAGGAGUAUCCUUCCGCUACUGCCGAGAGAACGCAGAAUCGCCCCCAGGAUCAAGAAAGGGGCAUUCCCUUGUAUUCACGCUUCGACCAGAGUGGCAUUAUCGCUUUCGAUGUCAUUCCGAUGUACAUGGAGCGUGAGAGGGAAUACAUGAAGGCCAACGCCGGAGAGAACGAUGGCCGAAUUCUUCUCCAGACAAAUAUUCUGGAUGAGCAAGUCGAACCGACCGAGAUCACUACCCGAUGCAUUAUGGAAAUCGCUCGGACGGACAACAACCGAAUGUUUGAGUUCUUCUACUCGACGAUCGACAACGAUGGAAGUCCUCAAUUUGUUGGCAUUCGAGCCACCUACGGUUUCGGCCCUGAUAACUUCAACCGAUUCCGACUGCUGACCAAGUGCCAGCACGGGCCAUUUAUCCAGCUCGCUCAGGAUCAUUACGUCGCUGGCGAGAGGAAAAGAAAUGUGGCCCGAUACCACCCUCAGUAUGGAUGGGGAUGCGCAACGAUUCGCGAAUUCUUCGGGUACAUGAGCGAUUGCAAGAUCAAUCCUCCGAAAGGACGGCUGUUCCUCACUCUGCUCCCGUAUGCUCCCGGAUCUGGGAACAACAAUGAGUGGGAAGAGGUGUACAUGAACGUCCGAAUGAACCCGGGGCGUGAGACGCUUUCGAACACCGCGUCAUCACAAUCCAUGCUCCCUGAAGGGAUGGGAUCCAACCGCAUGAUCGUGUUUGCGAUUGAUUUGCACAUGAUUGCGGCGGGAAUCAAUCCGAUUGUAUUCCACCCGAGGGGAUAUUAUGCGAUCAAAGACAGUAUCCCUCUCGCCUGUAUGCCCAUUGCAUACUUCAUGGACACGGGAUCCCUAGUGUUCAACACGGCCUUCAAAUAUGUUGGAGGCCCAAAGUUCGGCACUGGCCCCAAGAGAGGAGACCACAAACGAGAAACGUGGCCGCUUGCUAGUUUCGACUGCCCCAUGUGCGGAGCAUCAUUCCCGGUGGGUAGUCUCCACAUGUGUCACUCUUGCACCAAGCCGAUUCACUAUCCUGAUGGGAUGUUCUACGCCGAUCCUGUGAACCCAUUUCAGGUCGAGUACUAUGGAAGUCAUGCCGAAUGGCUCAACGAGCUCAUUGAGCGAAACGAGCUUAAAGAAUUCCGACUUCACGAGUACCCUGCAAUCAAGCAGCUGAGGAAUUUCCCGGUGUCUAGGUCACUCGCUGAGGACCACAGGCAAACCGCGUUCUUCGGGGUGCCACCGAUCAAAUGCACUGCAGCUGAUACAUCGCCGAAAGAAGUGGAAUUGUUCAAGAAGAGCGUGCGCGGAACGAUUCAAGGCGCCAUUCGAUUGGACAUCUCCAUUGAGAGGCUUGUUGCCGGUAUCACUGGUAAGGAAGCUCGGUGCGGUGUGGAAGAGUUCCUCAACUCGCAAUCGAUCGCCUGUGCAAUCACGAUAGUCAAGCACUUCGGCGCGGUCUUCGCCACAUGCCGCGAGAAGCCGCUGUGCUACUAUGCACGAUGGUCGAUCCACUGUCAACGCGCAUACCGAGUCUGCCUGUCGCGCGGCUAUCUCUCCCCCUUUUACACAGGGGGGACGAUCGAUUAUACCGUCGACUCAGACAUGGUCGAGAAAAUUCGGCUUGCGCAUCUGCCAUUGCAGAACGCCAAUCUGGCGAUGAGAAGGCAAAUUCGACUUUCCACCGAGUUUGGAACGUUGGAUGAGUUCCGUGCCACUAUCACGGACACGCAAAAGUAUCAGCGAUACAUGCGUGUCGAUAGUGAAAGCCUUUCCGCGCUCCUUGCCAAGGUUACCCUCACGACGUGCUACGGCAUUCCGAUGAAAGGUGAACCUGGCUACAUCUCUGACGAUGAAGCAGAGGAGAUCGAAGGAACUGCGGCGGCAACUGAGAAGCCCAAAGGGAAAGGCAAAGGGGAAGAAGAAGAACCCGAUGUCCAAGCCAUCAAUUGGCGUGAUUUGGACCCUUUGGGGCGGAAGUUCAUCCCGCACCAUACCGAUUCCCGAUUCACGAUUUUCGCUGAUGGGAAUACGGCACUCCUUGAUGCCCCCGAAACGCCUGAUGAGAAGCGUAAGGAAUUCAAGGAGUUCAUUCGCGAUCACUCUGUCAAGAUUAAGGAAUGUUUCGACGAUGAUCGCGCGACUGAGAAGACGUUCUUCAAUCUUGUUGAAGGCGUAAAGGAUCAGCUCCCCGAUACUAAGAGAACUGACCCUGUUCUUAUGAAAAAGAACGAAGAUGUCUUCGAGGCUCUACCCGAUGAACUAGAAGAGCCUCAAGCUCUGUUCGACGUCGCAGCUCAGCGGGCACGACGACGUGCUGAUACGCCUCAGCGCAGAGUGCAGGCCACUGAGCAACGGCACGCGUCGAUCCCCGAAGCUCAUGCCGUCCCCGUUCCUCCGGAUGACGAGGACGAGGAUGAUACUGAGCUCGAACGGGCGAUCCCACGCUGA